UUGAAAUCACUGAUGCAAAAGAGUUUGUCUUCUGUCUGACAUUGUCAAAAUAUGCGUCUUAUUAAAAAUAUGGAAUAUUAAGUUAAGUAAUGACUCCAAAAAAUUAGAAGUUUUAAAAAUUUAUCUUUUGAAAUUCUUUUAAUUAGGAAUUAGUAAAAAGUAUAUUUAUUUGUGACGUGAUCGUGAUAAUCGUCGAUGAUUAAUUCAGGAUUAUUUUCAAGCUGAUAUAGCUCAGUUUUUAAUUAUUUACACGCUAUUCGAAAAUGAGUGUUGAGGAAAGGCUCGUCACCGAAAUCCCCAGCGCUUUAAAAACCCUCGCGAGAAAAGUCGCCCGUGGCUUUUACACGGUUGAAGAUGUUUUGAUAAUCGAUUUGUUAGUUAGAAAUCCUUGCAUGAAAGAGGACGAUAUGCUCGAGCUGCUGAAAUUUGAUAGAAAACAAAUGCGUUCGAGAAUAGCAGCUCUCCGUAGCGACAAGUUUCUUCAAGUAAGACUGAAAAUGGAAACCGGAUCGGAUGGCAAAGCGCAGAAAGUCAACUAUUACUUUAUUAAUUAUAAGUCUUUCGUAAACGUAGUGAAAUAUAAGCUUUUAAUGAUGCGGAACAAACUGGAGGCUGAGGAACGAAAUGCGACGAGCAGAGCCAGUUUCAAGUGCACAAAUUGCCUCAAAACUUACACAGAUCUUGAGGCGGAUCAACUCUUCGAUACGAACACAAUGGAAUUUAAAUGCACCUACUGUGGUGAAGUGGUCGACGAAGAUCAAUCUGCUCUUCCAAAGAAAGACUCUCGACUCCUUUUGGCGAGAUUUAAUGAACAGAUGGCACCUCUUUAUACAUUGUUAGGCGAAAUUGAAGGAAUUAGAUUAGCGCCUGAGCUUCUUGAACCUGAAGCUGUCGAUCUUAACACAAUCAGAGGAAUUGAUACGAGAAAAAUGAUGGGAUUGAGGGGACCGGGCGAUCAAUGGUCCGGAGAUUCGACGAGGGACCAAGGAUUUCGUGUUGAGGAAUCGAGGGUGGAUGUAACGAUAGGGGAUGAAGCGAAUGACGGUAAUGCUGCCAGUAUUAGGAAGGAAGCUCCAAUUUGGAUGACCGAGAGUACGAUCCUGAAUCCAGACACUUUACAGGCCGACGGAGCAAUUACACAAGAAAGUAUACUGGACAAAGCUGCCGCGACUGCAACAACUCCAGGAACUAUGAACAAUAAACAAGGUGACGACAUAAUGUCAGUUUUAUUGGCCCACGAGAAAAAAGGGGGCACAAAUAUUAACGCCGUUAAAGCCGUUCUUCCUCCAGAGUCGAGUGAUAGUAGUGAUAAUGAAGAAACUAAUGAGAUGCAAGCAGUCGAAACUGGCGAUGUCGAGAUGAUGGAAUCCGAAGACGAAGACUCGAUCCCCACAAUAACCGUAGGUGGAAGAACAGUUGCAAUAACCGACGUGAAUGACACUUUAAUUGCCGAAAUGACUCCAACAGAAAAAGAAACGUACAUCCAAACUUACCAGGAAUAUUACUCGCACAUGUACGAUUAAUUUCCAUUUCAAUAGCCAGAUGGAAAUUGUGCCAAUAUUUUUCUAUAGAAAAGAAAUAAACGACCCUUUCUAAAUCGUUGAAACCAUCAGUUUUAAAGAGUUUUAUAAACUUUAUUUUUUAUCAGAGAAUAAACAAUUCAACGAUACAAGACAAGAU